CAUUUUUUUUCUAUUCGGAAAACAGUGGAAAAUAAAAGAAAUGUUCCGAUAUUAACAACUUGCUCUUUUUUGGGAUUCAAGACUCUCCAACCUGCCAACUGAAAAUCUCUUGCAGAAGGAAUUGAUAUUAUGCCGUUACGACAUCAACAUAGAAAACGAAGACCACUCUAUUCUCUUUUACAAACAAGACAAAUUGGUGACAACGUUCAAGAAGGAGAUUUAAACAGAACAUGCUCGUCUCUAUUUUCAAACUUUCAAUCCAUUUAUACUUGGGAUCCCACAAAAACAGAUAGUUGUCAUCAUGGUGGAAUUUUUAACUUUGAUUUUUCGCCAAAUGGAUCUCUAUUAGCUGCUGCAUGUGAAGGUCACAGUGUCUUAAUGUUUGAUCCUUUCACACAUAAAUUAGUCAAAGAAGUCAACAAGGCCCACGAUGAUUGUGUAAACUGUGUUAGAUUUUUAGAUUCUAGGCUGCUUGCAACAUGUUCCGAUGAUAAUAAUGUGGCAUUAUGGGAUAUUCGUUACUUAAAAACCAGACUGCAUCUUUUAUGUGGUCACACAAACUGGGUAAAAAACAUUGAAUAUGCAUCAGAUUGUGGUAAACUUGUUACGUCAGGAUUUGAUGGAAAUAUUUUUACCUGGGACAUUAACAGUUAUUGUGAUGGUGCUAUUCAGGGACAAAAAGUGUUUUCACAUAAAAUGUUAAUGAGAUCUAAACUAUCACCAGAUGGUUCAAAACUAAUAGUUUCAACGCAGGAAGGCAAAAUUAUUUUGAUUAACAAUCUGGAUCUGAAUCAUCUUGCCGAAGAUAUGAAAGAAUUUUUACCUCAAAGACUCUUUACACGUAGAGUUCAACGUGAUAGUUCUAUUCUCAGGAAUAGAAAACAAAGGAAUUAUUUUGAGAUGAUUACUGAUUGGCCAAUGGGAAACGGGGCUGGUGACAUAGCCUCUAUACAGGUACACCCUCAGGGAUGGUGUGUUUUGUCACGUAAUGUAAGCAGAGAUUACAAGUCAGAGUGGACCUGUGUUCAUGAUAUUCAGGAUUAUCCUGAUACAGAGGAAGAUAUGCAGGAGGAGUCUGACUCUAGUCAAAGUAAUGCAGUACCAGUAGAGGAAACCAGUAAUACAGAUAUCAAUCACACACCAUCUGUACAACAAACAAGUGUUCCAUACUUACUACUGACCUCAGAACUAGAUUCUCCUCUCUCUCCAGGAUCAGAGACCAGCAAUGAUGCAACUUUUGGUACUGUUGAAAGACAAACAAUUGCUAAUGGAUUCCAUCCACAACGGAUCAGUGUAGACAAUGUUUCAAAUAGUGAGACAGAAUCUUCCUCUGAUGAAACAGAGGGCACAGGUUUAUCACUUUUCAAUAACAGAUCACUGGAAAUAUUAAGUAUGAUUGGUGCUUUUGAAUUUGAAAAUGGUGAACCCCCUCUAACUUUUCAUCAAAGACUUUCAGGAUUUAGCUUAGGCAAUAGAGACAAGACACGAAACAGACUUCUGCAUUAUAUCGAGGAACCUAAUGUAGGACGAGGGUUUAUAAAAGAGUUAUGUUUCAGUAACGAUGGCAGACUUGUUUGUUCACCUUUCGGAUAUGGUGUUCGGUUGUUAUCUUUUGACCCCGAUUGUAGUGAACUUUGUGAUAUAGCACCUAUGUCUAGUCCUGUUCAACCAUUGAGAAUGUAUGAGGUUGAGAACUGUCUUUCCCAUAGUAAUGUGGUAGUGACUUGUAAGUUUUCACCACAACAUUGUAUGUUUGUGUCAGGAUGUCUCAGUGGUAAAGUGGCCUUCCAUCAACCAGUUUUAUAACAGUGUUAAAUGCAGUCAUCAAGUUUCUUAUCUCAUACCAAUACCUAUAAAUACAAGUCAACUGUUAAAUAGUCUGGCUUUGAUAAUUGAAGGAUGAAUGUACCAAAACCAUUUUUCUACUUAAAUGAUACACCAAAGACUUUUGAUUUUGUUUUAGACAUUUAUGGAUUUGAGAGAUGCAAAAUACAUGUUUAUAUGGUGAAGCUCAGCAAAUCUUGUUCAGUCACAACAAAACAAAAAAAUUUGUACAAAAACAAUGCCUAAUUUAUUUCAUGUAAGUUUUGAGUAUGAUGAAUGCAUGAUUUGUAAUAAAUAUGUGAUUUUAUGAUGCCAGUUCAAGCAUAUUCAAGAAAUUUGAAAUCAUUUUAUGUUAUGAAUACAGUUAUAAAUGAUUUUAUUUUCAUUAAAUAUUACAUAUUA